CAACUAUUCAAACGUAACGUAACGUUACUGACAUUACCGUCUGGUCAUGUUGCUUUCCACAUAUGGAAUGUUCAUUUUGAUGGAAGUACACGAACGACCUUGGACCGGAUUUUAAUCGAAGUGCUCUGUUAUGGAGCGUUUCGGGAUAAAGAACACCGAUAAAGCUAUGGUUCGUUAACAUAAAUAAAAACUGUGAUAUGUGUCCAGUUCAAUUUUCGCUACAAUGUCCUGACUCCAGUAAAAGAUUUUAUGAGUAUUGCGGGAAAUUUGGAGAGCUGCGACAGAUUUAGAAAUUUCAUCUACAAUAUAUCAAAAAAUGCCAUCCAUACCGACUAUUACUUUUUCUAAAGCGGAUCGUGGCUUUUCGGAAGUAUUUACAAUCUAAUUUUAAAUGGAUGCAGUUUCAAAAAUGGACAUGUUAUCCGAAAGCGACUUCAAUUUAUCCGAAUCACUCAAAUCUUACCCAACGUUUGCUUCCAUGAGGUUAAAAGAUAACCUUUUAAAAGGGAUUUAUGCCUACGGAUUUGAAAAGCCUUCUCUCAUUCAACAGAAAACUAUCAAACAAAUAACUGAAGGGAGGGAUGUAAUCGCACAAGCUCAAAGUGGGACUGGGAAGACUGCAACAUUUAGCAUAGGAACUUUGCAAAACAUUCUUCCUGAGAUCUGUCAAAUUCAAGUGCUAGUUUUAGCACCGACACGCGAAUUGGCCAUUCAGAUACAUCAUGUCAUGUCAUCAUUGUCUGAUCACUUAUCUAUCAGAUGUGUUGCUUGUUGCGGUGGGCGAAACAAUACUAUGCAAAUGGCUCGCGAACUUGAUAAGGGAGCCCAUGUUGUUGUUGGUACCCCAGGUCGAGUGUUAGAGCUUCUUCGACAAGGCAACUUACGUUUGGGCAAACUACGUUCCCUAGUUUUAGAUGAAGCUGAUGAAAUGUUAAAUAGAGGAUUACGUGAUCAAUUAGAAGAAAUAUAUCGCCGCCUUCCAUCUCACAUUAAUUCAGACAAUAGGAAGUCCCUUAAUUGUCAAACUGUCAUUAUCUCAGCUACAAUGCCUAAAGAACAUUUGGAAUUGUUUCAGAAUUUCACAUCUAACCCUGUUCGUGUUCUUGUACCAAGAGAUGAACUUAGUCUUACUGGCCUUCAACAAUUCUACAUUGAUGUCGGAUCAGAGGAAUGGAAAUUUGAAACGUUAAAUGAUUUAUUUUCAAGUGUUUGUGUUUCACAAACCGUUGUUUUUGUUAAUACUCGACGAAAAGUUGAAUGGCUUGCAAGUCAGUUGAAACGAGAAGGUUUCACAGUGGCCGCUGCUCAUGGUGAUCUUGAUCAAGACCAACGAGAGUCCGUUAUGAAACAAUUUCGCUCUGGUGAAUGUCGUAUUUUAAUCAGUAGUGAUAUGUGGGCUAGAGGUAUUGAUGUUCAAACAGUAGGAUUAGUAGUGAAUUUUGAUUUGCCAAUGAAUACCAGUGAAUACCUACAUCGUAUUGGUCGUUCUGGGCGUUUUGGACGUACUGGUUUAGCUGUUAGUUUUAUUACUAAUAAUGAUGAACGUAAACAACUUUUAGAAAUUUGUAAUUAUUAUCAAAUCGCUAUUCCACCAGCACCAGCUCGUUUAGAUAAAAUGUUAAUCAUCAAUAAUUCUAUGCACAAUUCAUCUGAAAUAGUCAGUCCACCAUCUAAAUCUGAUACAAGCAACGAUCAACCUAUAAAAAAUCAUCUUCAUCAACUUGUUAAACAUACAAAACGUAAGAAAAAACAACGCAAGAAGAAAAAAACCUUGAAGAUUUUAAAAUAAAACAAACUAUGUACAUCUGUAAAUUAGUGCAUAUAUUUUUUUGUGUUGUGAAUACUAAAAUUGUUCAAUGUAAUCUGUAAUUGCUUUAAUAAAGAUUUUCAAUAAUAGUCUAAUUGUCAUCUUUCCUAGUACAAAUAAUAAUGAACAGUAUCUGUACAUUUCAAAUAAUCAAAUGAAAAUACUGUAACCUUAUUUGCAAAUACGUUUGGCAUUAUUACAUCCUAAUAAAAACGUUAUCAGAGCAAUUUUUUCAUGUCUUUUAGUAUUUUCAUUCAUAUACUUUAAUUCUGCUUAUAUAAAUUCAAAAGAAAAUCUUCCUA